AUGAUCCUAUUGGAAGCGCAUCUCUUCGGCAAGAUCGAAACAGCGUUCGAGAGGGAAGAUGUAGUUGCAGUGAAGAAAAUGGUGGAAAAGAAGAGCCGUUCCGUCCACGAAGAGUCCAAAAGGAGAGGAGAGAGAAAGAUAGAGAGGAUGAAAAACCAGCGGAUAGCCGAGAUGAACACCGAAGCAGAAUGGGUAGAAAACACGACGGACACCCGAAUCCCGGAUUUCUUACAACGAACCCUUUCACUGGGUCCGAAUUUCAACGUACAGAAUAAAAGAGAAAUGCCGUAUGUUGAAAUAGUAGCCGGUAUUGAAAAGGGGAUUCGAUUCAAGGAGAAUGCUGACGAGAUUCGUGGUGAGGUUGCGUCGGCAAUUACCAAUCAUAUCAACUAUGUCCGACAACCCAGACACGGGCGGUUGGAGUGGAUUGAGAAGGAUAUAGCAGCAAGCAGGCGUUUCUUAGAGGAAAACCCGAAUUUGCUCAUAACAAAAGCAGAUAAGGGUAACAAGACCGUCAUAAUUGAAGCAGAAGAAUAUCACGCGAAAAUGAUGGAACUGCUCAACGACGAAGAAACGUACCAGAAGCUGCGAACUGACCCUUCCAAUAGGAUCAUGAGGAAGAUGAAUGCAACGGUGGAUGCGUGGCUGGAAAAGAAAUGGAUAGAGAAAAGCGAACACCGGAAAGUGAAAAUAUCGAGCUGUAAUCCUCCCAGAAUCUACGGUCUUCCGAAGUUGCACAAGGAGGGCAGACCUUUGAGGCCAGUAGUUUCGACGAUCGGAUCCGCCACCUACCAGAUGGCCCAAUUUCUGGCAGGGGUCCUGGAAAAUGUUGUUGGAAAAACAGAACACCACGUGAAAAACAGUUUUGAGUUUGCACAACAGGUAACAGGAAUGCAGAUCCCCGAGGAGCACGUGCUUUUUUCACUGGACGUGAAAUCGCUAUACACAAACGUUCCGGUGCAGUACGCGAUGGAGUGUAUCGAGGAAAGGUGGAGUGAGGUAGCCAGGCAUACGAAGAUCGAUAAACGAAGUUUCUUGGAUGCAGUAAGGCUAGUCUUGGACUCUACUUUCUUCAACUAUCGAGGAGUCACCUACACGCAAACCUUCGGUGUACCGAUGGGAUCCCCGCUGUCUCCGGUUAUAGCGAACAUCGUUAUGGAGCGCUUGGAACAGGAGAGCAUACAGAGGGUGAGUGCAGAACAACUCGAUAUGGUGAUAUACAGACGGUAUGUGGACGACUGUUUUUGCGUUGCACGGAGGGAACAUGUGGAUCGAAUCCUGGAGAUUUUCAACGACUUCCAUGAUAGGCUGCAGUUCACGGUGGAGAAGGAAGAACAAGAGCAGAUUAAAUUUCUCGAUAUCAUGGUAACGAGAAAAGAUGGAAUCCUUGAGAAAAAAUGGUUACCAAAGCAGACAAACGGACGGUAUCUCGAUUUCGUUUCGGAAAGUCCGUACUCCCACAAGCGCAACACUGCGAUUGCCCUAGUGGAUAGGGCUAUCAAGUUAACCGAUGCGCAGCACCGCCCCUCGGCCAUCAGUAUAGUGAAGGAAAUGCUGAAAUGUAACAAUUACCCCAAUUGGUUCAUUCAGAAUGUCCUGAAACAGAGGGUGCACAAGCACUACAACGUACUGCAGAACGAUAAGGAGGUGGAUGAAACGAAGUACAUCCCCACGCCGUAUGUACCUUGUCUGAGUGAGAAGUUGCAGAAAAUCCUCAAAGAACACGGCAUAACACUGGCGGUGAAAGCAAAAUCUAAAUUGAAAAAUGAGAUUUUUGCUAAACUGAAGGACCCGAUCCCACCAGGACAACAUAAAAAUGUGGUGUACUCGGUACCGUGUGGAACAGGGGAUGGAAAGGUGUACAUCGGACAGACGGGAAGAAAACUGGACACGAGAAUCAACGAACACAAAAAUGACGUGAAACGGAAAGACAACAGGACUGGAUUGACGCACCACACACUAUGUGACGGCCAUGUGUUCAAUUUUGACGAGACGAAAAUAAUUGAACGCAUCGCCGACCAGGAGAGCAGAGUCGUCGCGGAGACAUUCCACAUCAAGCUAGCAGGGGAAACUAAUACAGUGAACCUCCAGCGUGAAUGUGGAUUGUUCAACACGAACUACAAUGCGUUAGUGUUUAAGCUACGACAAGUGACGAACAACGAUAGACGACGAAGAGGAAACGAGAGAGGACGCGCACCACAACCGCAUAGUACCCUACUAGACAGUGGUACGUGA